UAUUGACUUGACAGCUUCGUUGGACGAAGAGGAUUGGCCCUUUGACGAGGACGAGACGUCCCCUCAGGUUGAUUUGCGGGUGAUUGAAGCCUUUGAGGUGGAGAUGGAAAACACUGCUGACUACCGUACCUCAGUGGACGAAGAGAGGCUUAGUGCUGAUGCGGGUGCGCACAGUUCUGGGGAGGACGAGGCGAGCUCUGAGCCUAAGCUUCAAGGGGAUGGAGCGGGUGAUGCCUCUUCUGCCGCCAUUCCUUGUCCUCCUCCGAUUUCUUCCGUCCCGGGAACCGUCCCUCCGCGUGUGAAGAAAAGUAGGUCGCGUCGGCGGAGAGGUAUGGCCGUCGGCCGAUCUCAAUUGGAUUUGACCAACAUAUACCUCAUCAAGCCGGAGUGUUCGCCGAGUGAGUACCAGGUGGCUCAACUGUAUGUAGGUCCUUAUGGUCGGGUUAGGGCCCCGAGGCCGACAGACCACGUCCUAAAUCCUCCCAGCGGCUACUUCGGGGUGUAUCCGAUGGCUUUCUCGAAGGGCCUAAGGUUUCCGUUGCAUCCUUUUGUAGCGGAAUAUUUGAACAUGAUAGAUAUUCCUCCGGCGUUGUUAACUCCAAAUAGCUACUCCCUCAUCGUCGGGUUCCUCCUCCGAUGUGGUGAGUUGGGGAUGGAGCCGACGACGGCUUUAUUUAUGAAUCUGUACCGUAUCGGGCGAGGGAGUCAUGAAAACUGUGCUGGAUAUGCGGCCCUUCAGCAACUACCGAAGAAGAGGUCUUUCACCGAUCUUCCUUCAUCAAUCCAUGGAUGGAAAGCAAAAUUUUGCUUCGUGAAGCUGGCCGAUGGGGUCUUCUUCCCCUCUCAAGGUCAUAGUGGUGUUUUUAAUCUGCACGAUCCGCCGAGGAGUGCUGAGAUUGAUGCCCAAGUGGAGGCCUUCCUCGAGGGGGGGCCAUGGAGUGUUGAUAAAUAUAUCACUGAGUUCAAAAUUGCCGCCCUUGGUAUGAUGAGGUACUUCAUCCCCGGUGACCCCGACUGUGGGCUAUGGCCGAGGAUGUCUGGUUACUUUGAAGAGGCCGAUGGGCCCUACCUCGGCGUCCCAGCCGAUGCCGAAGGUUGAUUACUUUCCUCUGAUCCUUUGUACUUUGUAUAUCUUUUGUUUCUAACUCUGUUUUAUGUUCGCAUCUGCAGGAUUCGAGAUGAGUCGCAAGCUUUUUAUGACUCAAGCCAAGAAGAUGGUUGACAAGGAAAUGCAGGCUGCCCAGCAAGCCGAUGCGUCCAAAAGCUCGGCUGAUGGCUCAAAGGGCCAGGCCGGUGCCGCAAAAAAGGCUGCGGCUCAAAAGAAGAGGAGACCCGCUGAGGGUCAGCAAACUCUGGCCGAAGCGGGGUUGAAGCCGGCCCAAGGGGUCAAGAAACCGAGGCAGACCCUUCCUUCUGAUGUUGCUACGGCUGCCUCACAGGCUCCGGUCCAAGGGGAUGAUGCCUCGGAGGUUCAGGUGAUUGAGGACCUGACGCUGGGUAAGGCUUCGGACGCCCUUGUCCCCGCUUCGUCUAACUUCAACAGAGCUACUGAUGCUGGUGCUCGCUCCGGUCGGGGACUGUCCACCGGCUUAUAUGAAGUGACGGUGCGGUAUCCGACGAAGGGCGGGCUCUUCAAUGAGAGAGUCUCUGGCCACGACGUCCUGUUUCAGGCCAUUCCCGAUGAAGAUAGGGCCUAUCUUCGUCGUCAAGGCAAGGAAGUGCGUCUCUUCGAUGGCGGGUUGGAUUACGUCGUCCAAGGGGCCUUCAUGCUGAUGGAGCAGCAUCGGCGGCAGGAGGAGGAGAUCGCUCGCCUUCGGGAAGCUGAGAAAAAGGUUGCCUCGGCCGAUGAGGCCUUGGCUUCCCUGGAGCUUCUCCGAUCCGAGGUCAGCUCCCUUAAAGAGAAGGCCGAUGCGGCUGAGAGCAGGGCCGUUGCAGCUGAGGCCAAAUUGGAGGGGGAGGCCGCAGCCCGCCGGUUGGCAGAAGAUAAGGCGAAGAAGGCCGAGGAGCUGAAGGCCGAAGCGGAGAGGGCUGCCGAGAAGGCUGUUGAUCUGUUCAUGGCCGAGGGGUGGAAAGCCGAUGAACAUCGCCAGUUCUGCUUUCAGGUGGUGGCCGAUCGCUUCCAAGCUUGGUCGCAAGAAGACCCGGCUGGUCAAGCUUUUUGGAAGCAAGAGAUGGAGGUCUUCUAUGACCUUGGGCAACGGCGUAUGCAAAUGCUCAUUUACCGGAGGCUUCGCCGGCGUGUCAAGAAUCUGAGGCCCCAGGGUAUCGGCCUCCCCAGACCGAUGAAGGACCCUGAGGAGGAGUUGAAGCUUCCAUUGGCCGAGAGGCAGCGCCCCAUUCUGAGCUCCGAUGAGGAAAAGGAGCCAUGGACCGAAAGUGACGACUAUCUCUUCCGGACUUCAGCUAAGUCAAAAACCGCCGAGGACGACGAGGAUGACGCCGACAGUGGGGCUGUUGAUGGGGGCCAGGGGCAGGCUGGAGA